CGUAAAUUAUACAUUCUUACAAAAUUAAUUUUAGCUGUUAUAGGAAAUAUAGGUUAUAUGUUAAAAUGGAUAUAUUGUCAUUUAAGUCACAUUGUAUAGUGGCCUUUUUGUUUAGGAUAACUUUAGUAGUUUACUCCAAUUUCCACGAUAAAAGUUUCAAUGUUCUAUACACAGAUGUGGAUUAUAAAGUGUUUACUGAUGCAGCAAGAUACAUGGUAGAAGGAAAGUCUCCAUUUGAGCGUGAUACAUACCGCUAUACACCACUACUAGCUUUGCUUAUGACACCAAAUAUCCUAUUCCAUGAAAAUUUUGGGAAAAUUUUAUUCUCUUGCGUUGAUAUACUUAUAGGGAUUUUAAUAAAACGAAUUUUGACAUUGCAAAGUUGCAACAACAAAGUGAAAGACAUUUGCGCGUUGAUAUGGUUAUAUAAUCCAUUUACUAUUAUUAUUUCAACUAGAGGAAAUGCAGAUUCGGUGGCUGUUGUUUUAGUUAUGCUAACUUUGGAUUCAUUUCUACGUGAUAAAUAUAUUUUAACAGGUUUAGUGCAUGCUGUUUCAAUUCAUUUUAGACUUUAUCCUAUUGUGUUCAGUUUAUCUAUGUAUUUGUCUCUCAAUAAGGGAAAUUUGGUGCCAAACAAAAAUCAAUUUAAAUUAGUAUUAAGUUGUGUAUCUUUAAUAAUUCUAUUAACUAUUGUAAAUUACUAUUUUUAUGGUUAUAAGUAUCUUUAUGAAAGCUUUAUUUAUCAUGUGAUUCGUAAAGAUACCAAGCAUAAUUUUUCUGUUUAUUUCUACAUGCUUUAUUUAUCUGCUAACCAUCCACCUAGCAUAAUUCAGAAAAUUUUUACAUUUCUACCACAGUUAAUAUUGCUACUGACAUUGUCUUAUAAAUACUCAAGAAAGUCGGACUUGCCAUUUGCAAUGUUCACACAAGCUAUGGUAAUGGUAAUAUAUAAUUCAGUGUUAACAUCACAGUACUUUUUCUGGUAUCUAUCUCUUUUACCAUUGUGUCUCCCAAAUGUCAGAAUGAGUAUCAAGAGAUCAUUAUGUCUAGGUUCUAUUUGGAUUUUAAGUCAAGGUCUUUGGUUAUUGUUUGCUUACCUGUUAGAAUUUCAGGGAUUAAAUACUUUUACAUAUAUUUGGCUUUCUAGUUUAUUAUUUUUCGUUGUAAACGUUAAAGUCUUAAAUGACAUUAUUAUAUAUUAUAAAUAUUAG